GAGAAAAAUCGUCAUGAUUCAAGUUGAAAUGUCGGCCGGCAAGUUGACGUACUGCGCCCCUGGGGGAAAUAGCUCCAUGGACAUCACCUAGUGGCUAUAAUGAACUACAGACUGAAUGCUAUUUUGACUCUGACAAUACUGAUGUUUGCACACAAGGAAGUAUCCUGCAAUGCCGAAAUCAUAGAUGCAGCCUCAACAAGUGCUGGCAACAAGUUUGUGAUCGGUUUCUUGAGGAAUUCUUUUGUAGCAAACCAUAACCCGGUUUUGUUCUUGUUUAUUGCAAACCCAGAGUCAAGUACUAUUAAUUUCACAGUCACUCCAAUUGAUUUUAAUGAUAGCAUUUCUACCUCUUCAAUUAUGGUAACCAUUCCAAUCAGUUUUGAGGUACGAUCUCUCAAUGAUAUGAACAAGGGGAUCCUUGUAGAAGCUGACGGAAACAUCAACGUGUACGGGUUGUCUAUGACGCAAUUUUCGGCAGACGUCUUUUUAGCAUUACCCUGUGCUGUAAUGCCCGUUGAUGAAUAUGAAUAUUAUGUAAUCUCUUAUGAGCCAAACAUUGUUGGUUCCUUUUUUUAUCCUAGUAUUGUUUUGUUGGUAGCCUGUGAAGAUGAAACUGUUGUCAUGUUCCGCAAUUCCUCAACAAUAAUAUUACUAAAUAGUACGCAAACGUAUCAGAUUAUCAGUAAUCAAAAUGAUCUCACAGGAACAAGAAUAACUAGCUCGAAACCUUUGUCUGUGUUUAGCGGAUCUGAUUGUGGAUUAGUUCCAUCUUCUUCGAACGGUUGUGAAACAAUGGUUGAGCAAGUGCCUCCGACUGUGACAUGGGGCUUAAAAUUCCUCCUGCGCUCUCUUGGCCCUCGCUUCCGUUUUUUGUCUGGUGAUCUUAUUCGUGUUCUUAGUUCCCGAGCAGCAAAUGUAUCUGUUAGCAGCUGCAACGCCUCACUCAGCGAAUUCCAGUUACAGAGUGGAGGGAGUUUCAGAGAAUUUCAAAUCGAACCAAACAGUGCCUGUAGCAUUGAAUCCACUUCUCCAGUACUGGUCGCUCAGUAUGCAGGCCGUAAUGUUGCUAGCGAACUAACUGUUCGCGGAGGACCAUUCAUGAUGAUAAUUCCUCCAAUUGAGCAGUUUACAAACAACUAUUUAGUAGAGUCGCUCACUGCUUCCGGAGUGAACUAUAUCACCAUAUAUGUUGCUUCUGAGUUUUUUCAAACUGCAGAUAUAUUGUUAAACGAAAAUGUUGUUACUGGCUGGAGGGAUGUUACAUGUUCAAGUGGAGAGAUUUGUGGCCACAUAAGUAGAACAAGUGUGUCUUCUGGAGCACAUUCUAUCCGCCAUCAAAACAAAUCAGCCGUUAUAGGUGUUUCAGUGUUUGGAUUCACCGGAAGUACUUAUGGUUACCCUGGAGGCAUGAGGUUAUCUCCCAUACAAUGCAACUGUGGUCAAAACUCUAUUUGCUUGAAUAACAUUGGACAGUUCAAUUGUAGGUGCUUGAAUGGAUUUGCCUUAAUGUCUGGAACAGAUGAAUUCGUAUGUAACGCCAUAACUUGUCCUCCUUUGACUGCUCCUACUAAUGGUUUUGUGACGUACAAUACUACUAUUAAUGAAGACGGCACCUAUGCCUUAGAUGUAGUAGCUACCUAUAGCUGUGACACCGGGUUUUAUCUGGUUAGUAACACCUCAUUGACAGAGACAUGUACUGGAAAUGGCAGUAGCACUACUGGUGCUUUUGAUGGACAAGCUCCAAUCUGUGAAGCUAUAGUAUGCCCUCCACUUUACAAUCUAACUGACGGCUCGGUGUCUUAUUCGAAUGUGCCUGGUUUAAUGGCUACCUAUAGUUGUGACACUGGGUUUGCUUUGGUUGGUAACAACACAAGGACUUGCACUGGAGAUGGCAGUAACAGCACUGGUGCAUUUAAUGGGGCAGCUCCAACCUGUGAACCCAUAACCUGCCCUGCUGUGCCCUCACCAAGCAACGGGAGUACUAACUUUAGUGGAUCUUCAGCUAAUCAAAUCGGCAACUAUAUAUUUAAUGUAGUGGCUACCUACAUCUGUGACACUGGGUUUUCUCUGGUUGGUAACAGCUCAAGGACUUGCACUGGAAGUGACAAUAGUAUUACGGGUUCUUUUGAUGGACAAACUCCAAUCUGUGAAGCCAUAAUCUGCCCCGCUGUGCCCUCGCCAAACGACGGUACUACUGACUUUGGUGAAGCCUUAUCUGAUGAAAAUAACACCUAUGCUUUUGAUACGGUAGCUAUCUACAGCUGUGGCACUGGGUUUUCUCUAGUUGGUAACAACACAAGGACUUGUACUGGAAAUGGCAGUAGCACUAUUGGUGCAUUUGAUGGAGAGCCUCCAAUCUGCGUAGGAGAAUCUGCAGUUAGCUCAAUUUCAUUGGUCCUCUCUAUUACUGUACCCAUUGUGAUGAUUUCGACUCUACUAGCUCUACUAGCUCUAGGUGGAGGAUACAUUAUUCUUGCUCGCCUCCGGAAAAAGUCUGCUAAAUAACAUUUAACUAUAAUUAUUAUCAUUACUGUAAUCAUGCAAUUAGUCUAUGCAAAACUGCAUGAUAUCACCGGCCAUGUAUUGAUUGAAGAGAAAGGGCCAAGUUGGCAAUGGAGGCAGUUCACAUGAUUUACGUACACACACAGAGAAAAGAGGUGUACUGUUUUAGACCCUGUGAGCGUGUGCUAUAUUAGCACCGUGGUGUGCUAAACAGUGAUUCAGCACACUACAUGUGCUGUUUUGUAGGCAUAUAGCACAGCCUACGUGUUGUAUUGGUGUGCUUUUUCAUGGCUUGUAAUUUUAAUGUUCGAUUACAUGUGCUAAAUGUAAUGGUUGUGCUGAAACAGGUAAACAUGCUAAUUCAGCACAGUGUGCUGUUUUCAGUACCAAAUAAGGGCAUGCAGUACAACAAAUGUGCAGCUGCAGCUGCAUAGCAACAAAGAUUUUUUUAAAUUUGCUGUUCUUGCAAAGAAGAAAAGAAGU